AUGGAUGGCGCAAAUGGCACAUCGACGCCUGGCGAUUCACCUCAGAUCGAUCUCUACGAAAUUCUCGGCGUGUCCAAAGAUGCCUCAAAGAACGAAAUCAAGAAGGCUUAUCACAAAGCUGCUCUGAAGUACCAUCCCGAUAAAGCCGCUCCCGAUGAGCGCGAAGAGGCCGAGCACCAAUUCAAGGCUGCCGGUCAAGCCUAUGAGAUCCUCUCCGAUGACCAGAAGCGUCAACUCUACGACGCCCACGGCAUGGCUGCCUUUGAAGGUGGAGGUGCUGGUGCUGGCAUGGAUGUCAACAUGGAGGACAUCUUGAACAUGUUCGGCAUGGGAGGGGGUAUCCCGGGCAUGGGCGGCGCCUUUCCAGGCAUGGGUGGUGGGCGUCAGAAGAUGAGGCGGUCGCCAGAUGAGAACCAGAAAUAUGAAAUCAGCCUCGAAGAUUUGUACAAGGGCAAGACUGUCAAAUUCACAUCGACUAAGCAAGUCCUAUGUUCCAAAUGCAGUGGCAGCGGUGGUAAAGACGGUGCAAAGGCAUCGCAGUGUGCGACCUGCAAAGGUCAAGGUGUUCGACAAGUGGUCAGCCAAGUCGGUCCGGGCAUGCUGACUCAACGCAUGGUUCCUUGCGGUGCCUGCGAAGGCUCCGGAGAAAUCUGGGACGCCAAGGACAAGUGCAAGAAGUGCAAAGGCAAGAAGACCACGGAGGAAAAGAAGCAACUCGAGCUGUACAUUCCGCCGGGAUCCAAGGAGGGCGACCAAAUUAGACUUGAGGGCGAGGCAGAUCAGGUGCCAGGCGCCGAGGUAACGGGCGAUAUCGUCUUCCAUUUGGUUGAAUUGCCUGACGACAACUUCCAACGCACCGGCAACGACCUGAGCGCGAAACUCGACAUCACUCUAGCCGAGAGUCUCUUCGGCUUCAACAGAGUGGUCGUGAAGCAUCUUGAUGGUCGUGGCAUCGAGCUCAACCACCCCAUUCAAGAAGGCAAGAUCCUCCGACCUCAAGAUGUGCUGAAGAUUCCCGGAGAAGGAAUGCCACUCAAACGCUCUGACGCCAAGGGCGAUCUCUACUUGAUUGUCGAGGUAGAGUUCCCCGAGGAUGGCUUCUUCAGUGACCCUAAGACCGUCGAGGCUAUGAAGAAGAUGCUGCCUGGUCCUCUGCCUGCUAUCGAGACCGACAUCGUUGAUGCACGCGACUACGAAGAGGCGGAUAUCGAGGAGAUUGGUGGUGAGGAGGGUCGCGGCGCCUGGGAAGAUGAUGACGAAGGUGCUCAAGGAGCCCAGUGUCAGACUCAGUAG